AUGGCCUCGCAAAACCGCGACCCAGCCGCUGCCAGCAUCGCUGCCGCUGGCAAGGGAGCUGAGCCCAGGGGCGCCGCCCAGGGCCCUGUGGCCAAGAGGCUACAGCAGGAACUGAUGACCCUCAUGACAUCUGGUGACAAAGGAAUUUCCGCCUUCCCUGAAUCAGACAACCUGUUCAAAUGGGUAGGGACCAUCCAUGGAGCAGCCGGCACAGUAUACGAAGACCUGAGGUAUAAACUCUCCCUAGAGUUCCCCAGUGGCUACCCUUACAACGCGCCCACAGUGAAGUUCCCCACGCCCUGCUACCACCCCAACGUGGACACCCAGGGAAACAUCUGCCUGGACAUCCUCAAGGAUAAGUGGUCCGCACUGUAUGACAUCAGGACCAUCUUGCUCUCUGUCCAGAGCCUGCUGGGAGAACCCAACAUCGAUAGCCCUUUGAACACACAUGCUGCCGAGCUCUGGAAAAACCCCACAGCGUUUAAGAAGUACCUGCAAGAAACCUAUUCAAAGCAGGUCUCCAGUCAAGAGCCCUGAUGCAAGCUG